AUGGCCUAUAUACUCCAUUGCCUAUAUACUCCAUUGCCUAUAUACUUCAUGGCCUAUAUACUCUAUUGCCUAUAUACUCCAUUGCCUAUAUACUCCAUUGCCUAUAUACUCCAUUGCCUAUAUACUUCAUGGCCUAUAUACUCCAUUGCCUAUAUACUUCAUGGCCUAUAUACUCCAUUGCCUAUAUACUCCAUUGCCUAUAUACUUCAUUGCCUAUAUACUCCAUUGCCUAUAUACUCCAUGGCCUAUAUACUCCAUUGCCUAUAUACUCCAUUGCCUAUAUACUUCAUGGCCUAUAUACUCUAUUGCCUAUAUACUCCAUUGCCUAUAUACUCCAUUGCCUAUAUACUCCAUUGCCUAUAUACUCCAUUGCCUAUAUACUCCAUUGCCUAUAUACUCCAUGGCCUAUAUACUCCAUGGCCUAUAUACUCCAUGGCCUAUAUACUCCAUUGCCUAUAUACUCCAUUGCCUAUAUACUCCAUUGCCUAUAUACUUCAUUGCCUAUAUACUCCAUUGCCUAUAUACUCCAUGGCCUAUAUACUCCAUGGCCUAUAUACUCCAUUGCCUAUAUACUCCAUUGCCUAUAUACUCCAUUGCCUAUAUACUCCAUUGCCUAUAUACUCCAUUGCCUAUAUACUCCAUUGCCUAUAUACUCCAUUGCCUAUAUACUCCAUUGCCUAUAUACUCCAUUGCCUAUAUACUCCAUUGCCUAUAUACUCCAUUGCCUAUAUACUCCAUUGCCUAUAUACUUCAUGGCCUAUAUACUCCAUUGCCUAUAUACUUCAUGGCCUAUAUACUCCAUUGCCUAUAUACUCUAUUGCCUAUAUACUUCAUGGCCUAUAUACUCCAUUGCCUAUAUACUCCAUUGCCUAUAUACUCCAUUGCCAGGUUUUAUAA